CGAAUUAUUUCCCAAAUAGUGUGAUCUUGGAAAGUUAUAAGAGAAACCCAAUCCCUCUGAUUUGUAUGACGCACUGAAUCAUCCAAAUUGUAAUUGGAUGUUUUAGCAGGUGAAGUCAUAAAGCAGAAUUUUCAACAUCUCCGAUGAUAAUUUAAAGCAGGAAGGAGGAAGUUAAGCUCUUCGAAAGAUUGUAAACAACUGGUUUAUUUGUCUUGUAGCCGGUAAAGAUGACGAAAAAGAGUAAGAAGAAUGGCGCAAAGGAGUGGUACAUAGAGGUUGCAGAUUCAGAACAACGUUACUCUUGGUUUCAUGAUGUGAAGGGCAGGUUUGAAUUUCACAAGCUCGAAGAUGAUAAGCCAGAUGAUAAGUCAGGAAAGCUUUCUGAUGUGUCCAUAAACAAAGUGCCCAUGUAUCUCAAGAGCUUAAACAGAGAUGCAUAUCUGCCUCGGGUGGUCUCUCUGGGUCUUUUUCAUCGCAGGAUAUCUCAACCACUCUCUGAAAUAGAGCUAUACAAAGUAGAUGCAGUCAACCGCUCUGUGAAAAGGCUCCCACAAGCCCAGCGGCACGCGCGCUUUCUAGUUGAAGGAGUGCAGAAGUUGCUUCCAGAAAUUAAAGCAAGCUAUGAAGGAGAAAUAGAGUGCGAGGAAGAACUCCUUGCGUGGCUCUUCACUCUAGAUGGAUGCUUCAUUCUAGAGACUCUCAGGCUUCUCAGCGAUGAAUCACAGUGGGACAACAAUGGUGAUUCACAGUGGAACCUGGAUCCUGUUUUUAAUAGGAAUAGGGUCCGCUCUUGUCAAUUUGAUAUCUUGACUGAUCUUCUAUUGCUUGAAAAUCAGAUCCCCAUAGUUCUCCUCCUUGGGCUUUUGGAAAUGGAGGAGAAGUUAACAGAAGAGACGGCGAGGAUAGAGCUGCUUAGAAUGAUAUGUGAUGGUAUAAUUGCCUUGGUUCACCCCUUCUCAUAUUCUCUGCAGCCAAAAACAGGGGAAUCGGCAGCAGAGCAUAAAGACCGCGAGGCAAAAUUGAGAGAAGCCCUCCACCAGAAGUACAAAAAUCUACACGAGUACAACCACAUUUUGGGAUUUCUUCAUGAUUUCAUUGUGCAUGAGUCCGAGACUACCCAGAAAGGAGAAAAGAUACAAGAUGUUCGUAUUCCAAUACCAGAGGACCGCCAUCAUCAUCGCCAUCGUCAUCUACAUCUUCGUCAUAAGACAGCUCAUAAACCUAAGAAAGAGUCUCAUUAUCAUUACCUCAUGGCUUCUGCUACAGAGUUAAACAGUAGUGGAAUGAAGUUCAAAUCUUACGACGGAGUUCCGUCCGCCACGUCCCUCCGAUUUGAUAAAAAGCAAAAGACUCUGUUUCUCCCAGUGAUAUGGAUAUCUGAUAGUACAGAGAUGAUCUUCAGGAACCUUAUGGCUGUGGACGUCUGUCAAGAAAAAGAACUCAGCGUUAUUUCAGAGUAUGUGUUUCUGAUGAAUAGCUUGAUCAAGUCUGAUAAGGACGUGGCUUUGCUGAGGAAGAAAGGAAUAAUUCAGACCUCCAUUGGGACUGACAAGGAAGCGAGUGAGCUGUUCAAUGGUUUGUGCAAGGGGGUUAACUUCACAUUCGCUGAUAAAGAUAAGUUUAUGGGAUUGAAGAUUGAUGUUAAUGAAUGGUACACACGCCAGAUUAUGGUGCGAUUUAGUGAGUUUAUGGAGAAGAAUCCAAAGUUUAUGAAAGUUUUCACUAUGUUCUGGGGGGUUGUUCUAGUGUUGGCAGCUGCGGCCCCCUCAAUUGGGUCGAUCAUCAAACAGUUAUAUGAUUAGAAUAUGUUAACCACUAAGGAUGAACAGCACAGUGAUUAAAGAAGGCAGAGAAUGAUUAAAUAUGAGUGCUGUGGAGCCUUAAAAAGUGUAUGUAUGAGCAGUUGAUAGCUGCUUAUACUUUAUAAUAUUCAAUGUACUUCUUAUUUCUUCUUUCUAUAUCUUGUGUGAAGAAAAUAUAAUGAAUAUAUUCAGCGCUUUUAAGUUUCAGCAUU